UUAGAUGUGUUAAAACAACUGGACUGAAGGAAGAAUGCUCUGGUAGCCUAUUUUAUUACAUUCAUCAGUAUUUUAAUUAUAGUCCUAGUUAAGAAUAUAAUUAUCAGAAAAUAUAACCGAACUACAGUCGGGAGUUUCCUUUGCCUGUCAUGGCGUUUGUAGCUGCGGUUGGAAAGUGCAUUAUCCUGUGAAUUUAAAACGGAUAGCCAUAUAAAAGCAGCCGUCUUUGCUACAACAGCAUUUAGCGGAUUUGUCCUGGCCUUUGAUUAUACUAUUUAUUCCAGCGCGCGGGCGGUCGAACCCUCUAAAGGCAAUCGGCGAAUUAUUUGUGGCAUGAACUUUCAGUCGCUCAGCAGCAAACUCACUGAAACAACAUGCCUCCCAACUACGCUGAGUGAUGUUCAGUGACUAUUGCGUGCCGUGAUCCACUUCGCCCUCAGCGUCUAGUUAUGCCUGCAUCGCUGUGGGACCAAGUGUCGUUACUUUAGGACCAUUACAUCCGAUUCUGGAGAGGGACGCACUCGACCAUACCGACCAGUUAUUCGGACCAGCGAGAGAGAGUUUCUCCAAGAGAUUGGCUGGGAUAAACACGCAUUGACUGACUAAAAUCAUGACGCCGAUGAUCUUGACAGUGUACCUGAGCGACAGCCAGCAGAUGCUGACAGAGGUGCCCAUCACCCCAGAGACCACCUGUAAAGACGUGGUGGAGUUCUGUAAGGAGGCCGGAGAAGGUGGCUGUCACCUGACUGAUGUCUGGAAGGGCAACGAGAGAGUGAUCCCCUUUGACCACCUGAUGUAUGAGCACCUGCAGGAGUGGGGUCCCAGGAGGAUGGAGGUCAGGUUCUACCUGAGACACGAAGACUCCCCCUCAGAGAGCAGCGACCAGGGGAGCCAGCUCUCUCAGGAACAGUCCAACAGAGGCAGUGGAGGGAGCUCAGACCAGUCAUGUGAGGAAAGGGUGGGGAACCCUUGCGUGGAGCUGACUCUGUCGGAGCUGCAGGAGAUGGCCACACGGCAACAGCAACAGAUCGAGACCCAACAGCAGAUGCUGGUUGCCAAGGAGCAGCGUCUGAGGUACCUGCAGCAGCAGGACCACAGACAGGGCCAGACAGUGUCAGAGGCUGAGAAGCUACAGAGGUUGAUGGAGCGAGUGGAGAGUCAGGAGGCCAAACUAAAGAAGAUCCGCGCCAUGAGGGGCCAGGUGGACUACAGCAAGCUCAUCAAUGGCAACCUGUGUAGUCCGUAUCUCAGUCUACUGCGUCUCCUCUCCUCUCCUCAUGCAGCGGCUGAGAUCCAGCAUGUGAGUGGGCAGUUCCAGGAGAAGCAGGCAGAGCUGCAGUCAGCUGUGGUGAAGGUGGACCAACUCAACCAGCAGCUUGAGGACCUGAGGAGGGGACGUCUCAACGGCCUGCAGCCCCUAGGAGGACCUCUCACUGGCACCGCCGCUCUGGAGCUACGCAAACUCUACCAGGAACUACAGGUGCGUAACAAGCUGAACACGGAGCAUAGUGGCAGGCUGCAGCAGAACAAGGAGCUGCUGAAUAAGCGCAACACGGAGGUGACUAUGAUGGACAAGCGCAUUGGGGACCUUCGCGAGCGCCUGCACAAGAAAAAAACAGAGCUUAACAGGAUAAACGGUCCUCCCUUCCCCCAGCCCACUCCCAGCAGCUCAGGCCGCGUAGCCGCGGUAUGUCCGUACAUCCAGGUGCCCGUCCCAGGCAGACAAGAGGUGGGCUAUGCUCUGCCCCCAGACCCCGUCAAACCACCGUUUGUCCCUGGGACUGGCACCAUCAGCCAUGGCCGCUCCAAAUCAGAGGAGGAAGGGUGCGGUGUGAGGAAGCCCUUCGUCCAAUGGAAGGUCUCAGAUUUAGACAUCAUAGUGGACCCCGUGGAGAUGAGAGAGGUGCCCCGGUCCCCCUCAGGGGCCUGCAGUGCCGACACAGUCUGGAGCCAGGGGCUAGGGCAGCAGAAGCAGAGGGGCCUAAGUAACAGGGCUCAAUAUCAACAACAUAAAUCCAAUGAAGCAGUGUGGCCCACCCUUAGUAAAAGUGUCUCCUCGAUGCAACCUUCAGAUUGGAGAAACACCAGCCCAGACCAGAGCCUUGACUUCAGUAAGCUACCAGGAGGAUCCGUGUCCAAACCACUAUCCAUCUAUGGGACCUAUCCUGCACCUACUGGCCACCCGUCUAUAGUCUGCUCUACCAGCUCCCUGACCAGGUCUGCCCCUGCCACUUUAGCCUGGCAGCGUUCAGCCCCAGCACCUCCUGGUUACUCCUCCCAGCAGCGUAUCUCUGUCCCCCCUAGCCCCACACCCCAGUCAGGCCUGGGGGAGGGGGAGAGUCCUGACCCCCUGCCGGCUGUGGCUGUGAGACCCUACGUUCCAGACCGGUCCUCCUCCAGGCCUAAGUCCCCCAGGAAGGGCCCUGCCACUAUGAACUCCUCCUCCAUCUACCACAUGUACCUGCAGCAGCCUGCAGCAGCCAAGAGCUACCCAGCAGGAGGCAGGUCUGCUGUCAAAGCAGUGUAUGGGAAACCUGUGCUUCCCUCCAGCACCUCUCCCUCCCCUGUGCCCUUCCAGCAUGAGGCCCUGUCCCCAGGAGGACAGAGUGUAGGGGACAUGGUGGACAGGGAAGGGGACACCACAGAGGGUAGGCUCCUACCCCCUCCCAGCGUGGAGAACAUCCCGCGGCCCCUGAGCCCCACCAAGCUGACCCCCGUGGCCCACUCCCCGCUGCGCUACCAGAGCGACGCCGACCUGGAGGUCCUGCGCCGGCGGCUGACCAAUGCACCGCGCCCGCUGAAGAAACGCAGCUCCAUCACAGAGCCAGAGGGCCCCACCGGACCCAACAUCCAGAAGCUCCUGUACCAGCGCUUCAACACCCUGGCCGGAGGCAUGGAGGGCAGUAACAGCACCCCAUUCUACCAGCCCGUCUUCAUGGGUGGUGUCCUGGGAUGUCCGGACAUGGACAACAUCAACACUUCUAAUGGAAACCUGAUCGGGACAGCUUCCCUGGUCGUCACUGCCGCAGACGGUACCAACUCAGACCAUCGCCUGUCCUCUUCCAUGUCCCCUUCCUCUGACUCCAAUGAGAGGAGGACACUCCCACCCAGUGAGACCACUCCCCGCAUGCCCACCCCACAGCCCAGCUUGGAAGACAACAACAACCAACCUGGUCCUUCUAGCACCACCUCCACUCCCAGGCCUAUCCCCAUCCAUGAGGCCUCGUCUCCCCAGCCGAAAGAAACCUCUCCCCGGACUGUCACACCCCCGGCAUUGCCUAAGCAGAUCAAGAGGACUAACCUGAAGAAACCUGAGUCAGAGAGGACAGGCCAUGGGCUGCGGGUCAAGUUCAACCCUCUUGCCCUGCUACUGGAUGCCUCUCUGGAGGGAGAGUUUGACUUGGUGCAGCGGAUCAUCUAUGAGGUUGAGAACCCCAGCACGGCCAAUGACGAGGGCAUCACCCCCCUUCACAACGCCGUAUGUGCUGGACGCCACCACAUCGUCAAGUUCCUGCUCGACUUUGGAGUUAACGUCAAUGCUGCUGACAGCGAUGGAUGGACCCCACUACACUGUGCGGCCUCCUGUAACAGUGUGCAUCUCUGUAAGCUGCUGGUGGAGUCAGGGGCAGCCAUCUUUGCCACCACCAUCAGUGAUGUGGAGACAGCGGCUGAUAAAUGUGAGGAGAUGGAGGACGGAUACACACAGUGUUCCCAGUUCCUCUUCGGGCUGCAGGAGAAGCUGGGGGUGAUGAAUAAAGGGUCUGUGUAUGCGCUGUGGGACUAUGAGGCACAGAGCUCAGAUGAGCUGUCCUUCCACGAGGGAGACGCCAUCACCACCCUGAGUCGCAGGGACCAGGCUGAGACAGAGUGGUGGUGGGCUAGGCUACAUGACAAGGAGGGCUACGUACCACGCAACCUGCUCGGGGUAAAGCCAGUCACCAUGAUGAAUACAACUAUGGUCUGAAUCACUAGGAAUUGUAUCCAAGGAUCAAGCCUAGACAACGUUCUCUGGCAUAGAGAAGACGGUGCACGUUGUUGUGCUCUGACUGGACUCAGAGCUGGGUCUGACUGGAUCUGCAGACAGUGGCUGUGCCCGGACAGUGCCCUCUCUUUGUGCCAGUCUGUGCCUCCCCAGAACAAAGGACAAGGGCCAGGGCAUGGACAGAGAGGGGCCAUAUCCGGACAGACAGACAUGCUUGGAAUUGGUGGUCACUUACCUAAGAGGAAGUAGAGGCAGUAUCCACGGCCCAGAGAUCAUUCAGAGAAUACUCUGAGCAGAGUUCCCCUCUUUCCCUUCUCACUCAGUGUUUGUCUCCUGUGUGUCAGUCAGAGUAAGGCCUAAAUGUGAUGAUCUCAGAAAAGGGAGCAGAGAACAGGGGCAGUCAUGAGUUAUUGAAUAUGGGUUUUGCAGUAAGUGCUGUUUGAAGGCGAUCAGAGUUCAAACUCUGGAGGUCAUAUCUUCAGGGUUCAGCAGAGGAAAGAAAGGAACAGGUUUUUACAAGAUGAGAAAAGGAAGGAAAGUGACGGAAGGUGUAAUUGAAAGACUUUGAAGGCCAGUUAAAACUACUAAAAGAUGUGUGGAAUGUUCUAAACAGUCAUACAAUGUUGUGUUAUUUAUGCAAACCAAAACGUGUUCUGAAGGAAUGAGUGGAAGAUGUAAUGCUGGGAUGGGAAAGUGAAAGGGGCUGCAUUCUCUUCUACAGAUGCAAUAACUAUGAAGCUAACUAUGGGUGUGAAUUUGAACUAAACUCAUCAUAAGCCUACAGUAUAUAAAUGCUUUAUCACCUAAAAAGGCCUAUAGUUGGAUCUCUCUUUGGAGUUUUUCAUUUUUAGUUAGAUUUUAGCAGAUGUUUGUACAUUGUAUUGUUCUCCCUAUUUUUGUUUCAAGUUGGUUGUUGUCUUUUUAAUACCUAUCAUGCAAAGUGAUACACAUUUUGAUCACUGAGUAUAGCCAUACCACAGGAGGUUGGUGGCACCUUAAUUGGGGAGGAUGGGCUUGUGGUAAUGGCUGGAGCGGAAUAGUGGAAUGCUAUCAAAUACAGCAAACAUAUGGUUUCCAUGAGUUUGAUGCCAUUCCAUUGGCUCCGUUCCAGCCAUUAUUAUGAGACGUCCUCCCCUCAGCUGCCUCCAAUGAGCCAUACUGUACUAUCUUUGGUAUAGCCUACCUGUUGACUGAUGCUGGCUUGAUCUAUAGGUUGUGUAUAACCAUCGGUUCUAUGGGAUGGUUUAUGUGACAAAACGAACACCAAACAAUAUGCAUAAUGAAAUGUAAAUGUACACAAUACAUAAUGAUUUCCCUUAAAUGGGAAUAAAACAUGUUUUAACAUAUACUGAACAAAAAUAUGAAUGCAACAUGUAAAGUGUUGGUCCCAUGUUUCAUAAACUAAAAUAAAAGAU